CGACCAGAGCAAAGCUAUCCAAUUAUUUGAAGCACCGAGAUUCUACUUGCCACUUAAUUAUUGUCUUUCCAUGACAUGUAUUUGUUUAUUUAUUUAUGUAUAUUUUUUAAUAAUUAAAUUAUUUAUUUUCGACUAGUAAACUACAUCAAAUACGGUAUGUUAUUAGUUAUUAUAUACCUUACACCCGAUUUUCAAGACCGAUGCACUCAUGAAAGAGCGCAAAUCUCAUCUUAAUUCAAAAUAUUUUAUUUCCAUCAUAUAUUUAACAUGUGCAGAAUGUGAUUAAAAACAGGUGAUUGUGACUACAAACUCCAAAUGCGGUUUGUUUUUGAAGCAGAUCAAUGUAAAAUUGAGAUAAUUCUAUGUUAGAUUCUGAAUUUAAUGAUAAAAUCUUUCUGAUUUUCAAGUCCUUAAAUCUUACAGACAUUUACUUUUCAAGCUUUUUAAGGUAGAGGCUACCCAUAUUUUAUGAGAAAAUGAGUGUCUUGUUGAGAGGUCUUCAGUCAAAGGUAAAUAAAACCAACUUUGCCUGUUUUCUGAGACGAGGCAAAUACUCUUGUGACACACCGAAAAACCCAAACGACCCAACACAAGGGAGAUCCGCAUCAACUGAGGCCGAAUUCAAUGUGAAGCCUUGCGAUCUGCACAGACUAGAUAAAGGUCCCGCCCAGAAAGUGAAGAUUAGCUCUGAUGAAGUUCUAAAGCUGUACAGGGAAAUGCAGGCGAUCAGACGGAUUGAGAUGGCUUCAUCGGCGCUGUACAAGGAGAAACUGAUUUUGGGGUUCUGUCACCUGUACUCGGGGCAGGAGGCGGUGUGUGUGGGCAUGAAGUCGAUUAUGCGACCUCAGGACUCGAUUGUGGCGUCUUACAGGAUCCACGGUUGGGCGUACAGUUUCGGCGUCUCGGCGCUUGGCAUCUUGUCCGAACAGACGGGACGCCACUCGGGUAUCUGCCGCGGCAAGGGGGGAUCCAUGCACAUGUACGAGAAGAACUUUUUUGGAGGCAAUGGUAUUGUUGGAGCUCAGGUACCCCUGGCGGCAGGCGUGGCGUUCGCGAACAAAUACAAGGGCAACGACGGCAUAUGCUACGGCCUGUACGGAGACGGCGCGGCCAACAACGGCCAGGUGUUUGAAGCAUUCAACAUGGCGGCGCUGUGGGCUCUGCCCGUCUGCUUCGUCUGUGAGAACAAUCUCUACGGCAUGGGAACCAGUGUCAACCGGUCCUCGGCCAGCACUGACUACUUCAAGCGCGGCGACUUCAUUCCCGGUAUCCGAGUGGACGGCAUGGACAUUCUGGCAGUGCGGGCGGCCACCCAGUUUGUGACAGAAUACUGCACGGCGGGAAAAGGGCCACUGAUGAUGGAGAUGCUGACCUACCGCUACAUGGGUCACUCCAUGUCCGACCCAGGCACCACCUACCGGACACGCGAGGAAGUGGCCGAGAUGCGCAAGUCACGUGACCCCAUCCUCAUGCUCAGGGAGCGAGCAAUGGACGCCAACCUGGUGACCGAACAACAGUUCAAGGCCAUCGACAAGGAGGUGAAGAAGGAGGUCGACGAGGCCACCCAAAAGGCCAAGACCGACAGCUUCCUCCCCGAGGAGGAGAUCGCCAACGACGUCUAUGUCAACAGUCUGGAGACUGAGAUUCGCGGCAACACCAUCUUCAACAACUACAAACACAGGAAUACUAGAAAUCCUAUCAAUCUUUGAAUAAUAUGAUGUUUCUGUUUUGGGAGAUUCAAACUGAUAUAAAGAUUAUAUUUAGAUUUAUUGUGAUAAACCUUUCAACAACUCAAAACAAAGUGGCAUCCAUUACUACUUCAAUCAAUCUUUGGAAUAAAUUAAGUUUUUUGUUUUGGGAGACUCAAACCGCGAUAAAGAUGAUCUAUUUGGAUUUACUGGUUCAAUACACAGUUAUAACUUCUAUAAAUUUCUUAAAAAUUCAAGUCUUUGUCUUCGGAGAUUCAAGAUUAAGUAAUGGAGAUAAUCUAUUUAGAAUGAUUUUGGCAAAACCUUUCAACUAUCAGUUUUUCAAAUAUAUUAAUCAAUCUUUAAAAA